GACUGGGAGGAUAAUUGAAUUGACUUUACGUGAGUUAUCACUGAGUAACUAGUCUUGUUGACAGAUGCUGAUUUCACCUUAUUCAUAUCAGGGGAAAAAACUUUUUUCCAACUAAAAAAAAAAUAUGCGAACAAACUUGUAAUGAGGGCGCGCGCCGGGCCAAGGAAUUCCAUUGACGGUUCUGGCUGUCACAAGUCGGACUCUUCGGACAUUUCCCUGAUUGGACGAGCUUUUGCGCCUAGCCAAUGACAUUAUCUGACUGGCUCCAGCAUGCAAAUGAUCCGAGCCGUGCUGCAUUCCAGCACAGCCCAGUGGCAGUAAAAGCCCGCCUCCCGGCCUGGAGAUUCAUUCAUAUCACAUCAGCGCUCUGGUUCAGACCUAAACGCGGCGAACGCAUCCCGAAACCAGCAAGCAGAACGCGUUCCUGAGACUGCUGAACACAAACACCGGACAAGGAGAAAAUUACAAGUGCUUUGAAGUGGUUUCACACCGUGGAGAUUCCUUACGUGAAAGUUUGAAACUGACAAUUGAGUUUAUCACUAUUGGCUGAAGAUGUGCGGACAAGCUUGUGAGCGCAAAUGUUAGAUUUAUUCGGAAAUCUUUGAGAAGAAGUGUUUUGCAACUUUCCUCCUCGCUGCAAGACGCACGGACGCGCAGUCGGGAACGCGCGCUGUCAAAGCGAACAGCAGACUAACCAGCAUCGCAGGUUUUUUGGGGGGAACCCGGCUUUACGCGCAGCUCGAAAGCAAAAUCUCAAAUAGGAUACCAAUGGUUUUCCUUUGGGACGCCAAAUACGACCAGGCCCCCCACCGCCGCUUCACGCCGCCCUCCUCCAGCCUGGGCACGGGGAAGAUGAGCGAGGCUCUCCCCGCCAUGGGAGCGCAUGAGGGCGGCGGCGGGAAACUGCGCAUGUGUGACCGCAGCAUGGAGGUCCUGUCCGAGCAUCCGGGAGAGCUCGUGCGCACCGACAGCCCCAACUUCUUGUGCUCGGUGCUGCCCACACACUGGCGCUGCAACAAGACUCUGCCCAUCGCCUUCAAGGUCGUUGCCCUUGGCGACAUCCCUGAUGGCACACUUGUGACCGUAAUGGCAGGAAAUGAUGAGAAUUACUCUGCCGAACUGCGCAACGCCACAGCAGCCAUUAAGAACCAGGUGGCCCGAUUCAACGACCUACGCUUUGUGGGUCGCAGCGGAAGAGGAAAAAGUUUUACUCUCACCAUCACCGUAUUCACUAACCCCCCUCAAGUGGCCACCUAUCAGAGAGCCAUCAAGAUCACAGUGGACGGACCGAGGGAACCGCGGCGUCAUAGACAAAAGCUGGAGGAAGCCGUAAAGCCUGGAGCACUGGCUUUCUCUGAGCAGUUGAGGAGGAGUGCCAUGAGGUGCAGUCCUCACCAGGCCACUGCGCCCAAUCCCCGCCCCGCCCUGAACACGCCUCCUUUUUGUAGCCCUGCCCACAGCCAAAUACCAGAUUCCAGGCAAAUGCAGACAUCUCCAUCCUGGACUUAUGAACAAUCCUAUCCUUACCUGGGUGCGAUUUCUGCACAAACGAUUCACCCCACGACGCCCAUCUCUCCCAGCCGCAAUCCAAUACACUGUUCAGACCUGUUCGGUGACCCACGUGUCGGCCUGGAGCGGCCCUUCUCCUCCAUCCCCUCGCUGCCGGACAACCGCUUCACCGACCCCAGAGUACCUUACCCCACUGCAGCCUUCACCUACACUCCUACCCCUGUCACCAACGCUAUCGGUAUCGGCAUGUCCGCCAUGACUGCGCCGGCUGGUCGCUACCACACUUACCUACCGCCUCCCUACCCUGCCGGCUCCUCCCAGGGCCAGAGCGGACACUUUCAAGCUAGCUCUUCACCCUACCACCUGUACUACAGCAGCGCUACUGGGUCGUACCAGUUCUCCAUGAUGUCAGGGGGAGGUGGAGGGGACCGCUCACCCCCCAGGAUCCUGCCUCCCUGCACCAGCGCCUCGACGGGCUCGGCCCUCCUCCACCCCUCGCUGCCAAAUCAGAAUGACAUUGUUGUUGAGGCGGAGGAAAGCCACAGCAGCUCUCCAACCAGCAUGUCUGCUGAGGCCGUGUGGAGGCCGUACUGAGCAGAAGCUUUACUCAAUACGGGACUGACAUGUUAACCAAUAUGAAGUGAACGGCUGAUGGAGCAGUGCAUGGACUCGGUUUUCCACAGCAUGAGACUUAAGUUUGUUUCUUAAGAUGAUUAUGGAUCAUAUGUUGUUGUUGUUGUUAUUGUUGUUGUUAUUAUUAUUAUUAUUAUUAUUAUUAUUAAUGUUAUUAUUACACCAGCUCCUUAUAUUUCUAAACAAAUACACUGACAUGGCACUGUCAUCAAACUUGAAUCUGAAGAAUUAUAUCAUUUUGGUUUGCCAGGAAAUGUAUAUCUGCCAAAAAAAAAAACAGCUUGUAUGCUGGGAACUAAUCAUUUGUGGCCAUGAAUGAUGAAUUUCACACACGACUGCCUGCACAUUUACAAUCACUCAGUGCUGAGACCCAGCAGUUCUGAGAUCAGUAACUAUAACCUUUAGAGAGGUGUGUGUCACAGAGCCCGCCAUUACUGAAGCAAGAGUUGUGCUACCAGCGCCAACAUUGGAUGAUUUCUGUUUCUUUCUGUGAUUUCCAUUUAAAAGAGACUCUGAUGCACAUGCAGUCCCAGGUUUAUGAGGCUUUACCUCAUCAGUCACUGCCUUUUUAGGUCGUCCUCUUACACUCACAGAGCAAUCCCUCCAGUGUUUCAGAUAUCCACUUUCUUCCUUAUAACUUCCCAGCAUGUAAAUAGAGUGUAAACUACUUGUUGAUAUCACUGGUUGAUUGACGUUGACAGUGACGGUGUCUUUCACUUCCACACUUGAGAAAACUAGAACUGCUACAUAGGCUAUAUGUUUUUCAGUACUGCUUUAUUUUGUGAAUGUAAACCUUGUGAAGAAGCUGAUUGUUUGUAGA